AUGUCUGGUACUCUUAAAGGGCUCACUGGAAUUGUUUGCGAUGUGACCGGUUCAAAUCUGCUUCUCGAGCUACACUCUCAAUUCAAAAAAGUUCAUGUUCUGCGCGAGAAUGUCGCCCUGGUCGAUAGCACCGGACGUAUUAUAGAAACACAAUUCGGCGCCACUACGCCACGUCCGACCUCUGUUCGCGAGAUGCGAACUCCAAUUCACGGUUCCCAAACUCCGCAUGCUGCUAGCAUGACACCACGUGGAGAUAGCACCCCGUUACCAAGUAACUUUAAUCCUGGAAUGGCGACUCCUGCAAUCAACCGCACAGAUGAACCCCUCACUCCAGGUGGUUACACUCCUUGGGGAACUGUGUCCACUGAUCCGUAUCGUAUGCCGGGGAGCUCUUCCAACCUCAGCGAAUCAAUCUCGGGUGACGAAUAA